AAUGUUCUUAGUGGGAUCAUCAAUCAAUUUAAUAAGCCAUGCCUAGCUUCACUGAAAAUAGGGGAUCAAUGAAUUUCUGUCAAGUCAUGCCAUUCUAUUUCUGAAAUCACUUGUGCUGUCUGAAUGGAGAAGCAUGCUUGGCAAUGACAAUCUCAGACCUGAAUUUUGGAAUUAAACCUUUAAUUGCAAUCAUGAUUUUGUUCCUCAUUCAACGUCUCUACAGCUUCUUGUGCAUCAGCCCUCACUUAUAUCCAGGUUUUGCUUUUGUCUAUUAUGAGGAUGAGCGUGAUGCUGAAGAAGCAAUCCGUGCACUUGACAAUUUUCCAUUUGGUUACGACAAGCGAAGGUUGUCUGUGGAGUGGGCUAGGGGUGAACGUGGACGCCAUCGCGAUGGCUCAAAGGCAAACCAGAAGCCCACGAAAACCUUAUUUGUUAUUAACUUUGACCCAAUUCGUACUAGAGUUCGUGAUAUGGAAAAACAUUUUGAACCUUAUGGGAAGGUUUUGCAUGUUCGAAUUCGUCGGAACUUUGCAUUUGUGCAGUUUGAAACUCAAGAAGAUGCUACUAAAGCUCUUGAGUGUACAAAUAUGAGUAAAAUACUGGACAGGGUAGUGUCUGUGGAGUAUGCUCUGAGGGAUGAUGGUGAGAGGGGUGAUAAUUCUGACAGUCCUAGAAGAGGGGGUUAUGGGAGAUCUCCCAGCCCAGUUUAUCGCAGGCGAUCAAGUCCUGACUAUGGUCGUCCACACAGCCCUGUGUAUGAUAGGUAUAAUGGACCAGAUAGGCGGAGGAGUCCUGAUUAUGGCAGGCACAGGAGUCCUGAUUAUGGCAGGCCUAGGAGCCCUGAUUAUAGCAGGCCUAGGAGCCCUGAUUAUGGUAGAUAUCGCAGCCGUUCCCCGGUACGAAGGUCAAGAACUUAAAGUGAUUUCUGGUUUUGGGGUAAGAAGCAGGCUCCAGGGGUACCUCAUUACUUUCUGGGUGUUACAAUAGCUAGUGGCACUUCAUGUAUUAAUUGGUGCUUCUCACAGUUAAUGUGGUUUGGUUUGGUUUUGGAUCUUUUGCUGUUUAGUGGUCAGUGCAAAUUGUGCUUAUAGGACCUGAAUAUAACCUGUUUAGAGUCAAGACUUAUUGAUGCAUAUUUUUGCAGGGACAUCAUGUGUUUUGCUAUGACUAAAAAUUAAUGUUCUACUGUGAUUUAAUGUGCUCUUUCCAGUG